ACAGUCAGCAAUGGAUGGUUGAAUGACUUACAUAUUGGUACGGCAAGGCUUGACUAUCCGUACUUUGCCUGCUCGAUACCAGGCAUACAAUAUACUUCUGUGGUAAUAUGUAGUAAUCUGUUUUGCAAAUUAUCUUUGACGUGAACACAGCACUACUGGAUAAACAGUGCACGUUAUUACAGGAUGUAAAGACCACGAUACGUUCAGUAUUUUUUAAAGUGCCCGCAUAUGCAGUUUCAACUGAAUACGUUAUUUUAACUGAAAGCGGUAUAGGCCUAACUGCUAUAGGUGGACUAAUCAACUUCAUUGCCGAACACUGUCAUCAGCAUCGAGUACGGGUUCUGCUUCCAGAAUGAUUACAAAAUGGCGCCUCAUUAUUCGGGCUGUGGCCGUGCUGUUAGUGUGUUUGAUAGCUGCCCGUGUCUUUUCCGGCUCUCUGUUCACUUUAAACCUGAAGUCGAUGAAUUCCAGUCCUGACAGCUCCGCCUUCUCCUCACCUGCCAUUGGGAAGCUAAUUGGUGUGGAGGCUACGACCGGGAAAAUCUCGAUCCAAAACCACAAAGGAAACACGGUGUUGAGUGGCAGCCUAGCUGCUAGCUCGCCUGCCAGUGUGAAAGGCCUCGAAUGCUCCGCCGAAGGGAACGCUCUCUGCUAUACUUGGAAAGCGGGAAUAGCUGAAGUCAAGAUUGAACUGGUUGACACGAAUGAAGCUAGGCCAUUUACGUGUGCGCACGUGCAAUGGGAGUCAUUUGUUGCCGACACACCCCUACGAGACUGCUAUUCACUCGAUGGGGCUCACUGGUAUGGUGCAGGUGAGCGGUACCGCCAGGUAUGGCCAAUAGAGAAAAUGAGUGGAUCAAGCACAAUGUUUGCAUCUGGAGACGUGUACACAAAUUUGCAGAGGUAUGGAUCGGUUGUGGACAGGUACUGGUUAUCGUCCCGAGGGGUUGCCAUUCGUGUCAGCCAUGACACCCCUCUGCAUAUCAGUCUGAAUGACAAUGGCGAUGGGAUGCUGUGCUUCAAGAGCACAUAUGACAAUUCCUACUAUCCGAACUUCACGAACAAUUUGCAUCUAUUGGACUACACAGUUUGCACGCAUGACGAUGUGCGCCUCGUGCAUGACGCCAUUUGGCGCGAAAUUGGCCCAGCUGGCGGGAAACCGACUGGUUUACCGGACGAAAGAAUGAUCAGGUCUCCUAUCUGGUCAACCUGGGCACGAUACAAAAUCUUCAUCAAUGACAGUGUAGUGAACGAUUAUGCAGAUGAGAUCAUAGCCCAUGGGUUCACCAACAGCCAAAUAGAAAUCGACGAUGGAUACUCCAUGAAGUACGGUGAACUUGACUUUGAUCACACGAAGUUCUCGGACGUGAAAGGCACCGUUCGGAAACUUCACGACAAGGGAUUUCGCGUGACUCUCUGGGUGAUACCAUUUGCUAACAUUGACACCAACGCGUACCAAGAAGGUAAGGAGAAAGGCUACUGGGUGACUAAACGGGGGCAGAAUGAGGGCGUGGUCAAGUGGUGGAAUGGCCUGGGUGGUAUGCUUGAUGUGACCAAUCCGACCGCAGUCGAUUGGUUUGUAGCAAGACUCAAGAAGCUUCAACAAGAUACAGGAAUUGAUUCCUUCAAAUUUGACGCUGGAGAAACUAACUAUUUAGUCGAUGAUUUCGAAACCUACGUUCCCUUUGUCAAUCCUUGCGAGUAUACGACCCUGUACGCUAAGAUGGCAGCACGUUUUGGAGGUCAAAUCGAGGUCAGGGCUGCCUUCGAAAACCAGAACCUACCAAUCUUUAUUAGGAUGAUGGAUAAGGAUUCCCGCUGGGGCUGGGAUAACGGACUAAAGACACUUAUCACCACAGCGCUAACGUUCGGUCUGAUGGGUUAUCCUUACAUCCUACCGGACAUGAUUGGUGGCAACUCUUACGAGUCGGACUCAGAAUUCCACGGCCUGGAAGUACCACCGCGGGAGCUCUUCAUACGAUGGCUGGAAAUCACGGCCUUCAUGCCGGCUAUGCAGUUCUCCAUCUCGCCCUGGCAGUACGAUGACGAAGUGGUGACCAUCUCCAAGAAGUGGGUCACCUUCCACGAGGAUGUCAUCACGCCUAAGCUGCUCCAGAUCGCCCGGGAGGAGACCAUCGUAAAGCCUGGUCAGCCGCUGAUCAGACCCUUAUGGUGGAUCGCACCGACCGAUGAAGACUCCCUGAAGAUGGACACAGAGUUCCUAGUUGGUGAUGACCUGUUGGUGGCGCCUAUCGUCAAUAACGCCACCUACUCCAGGGAUGUCUACCUCCCUCCAGUGGAUGGACUGUGGACACGCAUGCCACAAGGCGAUAGUGUGGAAGGCGGACAGUGGCUUCGCAAUGUACCCGUUCCACUCGAUGAAGUGGCGUACUUUAUUUUGAACAAAGCCAAUUCGCCGUAACGGUGCAAAACAAAACUGAAAACACACCGAGACAUUUUAGACGUGCUAGGUGCGUGGUGUAGCACUACAUUUUGUAUAUAUGUAUUUGCACUUGUAUUAAAAUUAAAGUUGGCGGUCGAAAUGGGAUGCCUUGGCUAGCUUUUCCCUCCAAAUUAAAAAAAAACCCAGUCUCUCAAGAGGUCCAUGCAAUUAUGUUUUCUUAGGAACAUAUUUUGUGCAACUUUCUCCUCUUUAAAUGUAUGGAAACUAUUUGACAAUCCUUU